GUCAACUACAACAAAGGAGUAGCUACUAGAAAUGACAUGAACCAUAAGAUAAUAACAACAUAAAAGUUGAGUAAUAUUCUUGUCUUAAUUUCUAAUCAACUAUCUCUUACUUAUGUUAUUCCAUCUUUGUCUGGUAUUAGCCAGGUUGCGAUCAGCGUUUCCCUGAAACCAAAAAGAAGAAAGAGAAAUGUUACAGCUGUUAUUCACGAUAGCGUUCUCGGCGGCGCCUUUAACGCUGUACAUACCGCCGAUCAGGUGUUUGACGGCGUUUGCUCAGACGAUGGAGGAGAUGGAAAUUGAAGGUAGGGCUUAUAGAGGGAGAGUCUUGGCUCGAGCCAGACUUGCUUGGUCUAGGCUUCUCGAUUGCUUCUUCUCUUCUUCUCCUCGUCGUCCUUAAAUUUAAUUGUUCUUCUUCUGUCUCUUUCUCUCUGUACAUAUAAGUGUCGUGUUUCCUUACUUGUGUGUUUGAUCACGUAUAUGUUUUUCAAUUUGGGGUAAUUCAAGAGAAAUCAAGAUUAUGAUAGAGACUUUGGUUUUUGAUUUUGUUCUUGAUCUUAAUAAUAAUCAGAGAUAUCAAGAUGAUGAUAGAGACUUUGGUUUUCAA